UAAAUUGGGAAACCAAAACACUUGUGUAAAAGAACAUUGUUAUGUAUGUAAACAAGGUAUUGAAAUGACCUCAGAUGUGUUAUCAAAUAGAGAGCAAUAUUAGUUUCCGAAGUGAUUCGUAAAUGAAGAAUAAAUCAGGAACAGACAUUUGAAAAUGGAGUCCACACAAUCUGCCACGAGUACUGUCUCUGAAAAGGCCACAAGUCUAAAGAUUAGGUACAGAGGAACACAGGCGGGUGGACAACAUGACAAUCAAUCAAUCUCUGAACAGCCUACCAAAUGCCCAACAUCCGCCCAAGGAUCGAAGAGUUCAGCGACAGCGGAGGUAAAACCUGUGACAUUUGAGGCAUUCCAAGACGUACCUUUUAGUCAACAUUCUACUUUUAUCAAUAAACCAAAGAAAAAUAAAAACCAGUUUGGACCUGGAAUGUCAAAGAGAGUACAGAAAGGCGGUAUAAGGCAAACUAUUUUCUCAAACGAUGGCAAAGACAGACCUAAAGUUAAUUCGGCAUCAGAAAAUUCCGAAUCCAGGCGGGAAGACAAUGUUGAGUCUGGACCUAAUGUAUCGCACUCAGCACAACAAUCCUUAACAGCUGUUACUCUCAUGUCACCAAAAGGCGAAAUGGACAGAGAUACAGUAGAUGUGCAAUUGCUCAGAGAGGGUGCUCAGUUCGAAGAAGGAAGACAUCUCCAAGCAACAGUAAAAAGCAAAACAUGUGUAAAUGACAAUAACUCAAUGAUGAGUCACCCGCGCACAAAUACGAAAGGACAACUAAUGGGCGACCUUACAUCUAAUGGCAGCACAGCAGCACCCAUUUCCUUGGAAACAGGUGACCAUAAUGCAACGAAUUCAGCACGUUCCUCAGAAUUUUGUUCUCUUCUUUCCCCAUCGGUCGAACUAGAUGGAGGGACAUUAGAGGUGCAAGAACUCAGAGAGCAUGUUCUGUUAGAAGAGACAGAACCUGAACAGGUCAGAGAAGAGAACAUCAAUUCUGAAAAGCACGAAAAUAAACUGAUGCUUCAGAAGCAGACUAUUACCGGAGUUCAAUCGAAAGAAGACCUGGCACCUGAUGACAGUGCAACUACAUCCGUUUCUUUGGAACCAGAUGCCAGUGCUUCUUAUAAACUAAAUUCAGAAGAAGAAAUAACUCAAAUCCAUGUUAGAAACAUUGUAGCAGAUGAAUCUCUAGAGAUGUUGAUGAUUUUUCAAUCAGAGGCACAAGCAAUCACUGAUAAGCAGUUGACAAAGAUCAGCUCUGCUACUGCUGACCUUUGCAUUCAGGAUAAGCAGCAUUUAAGAUCGUCUACGGGUGACAUGGGAUCAUGUGAAGGAAAGAAAGACUUUGUGAUUCUUCAUGCAGAUUGCGAUACAGAACGUACACACGAUUACAAGGAACACCUAGAGGAUAUAACCAGAGAUCCAAACAUCCGCCCACCGCUGUCUGUUGAUUUGUACAGCAGCAUCGAUGUAAAUAAACCAGGACUACAAGGACUAGAGAAAUUGUACGACACUUACAGAAAUAUUCUUGUUUUUGUGACACGUGCAUUUGAAUCCGAUUAUUACGCUAAAUUUCAGAAUGAAAUUGUUCAGACUUUCGGUUUACAAAGUGGUCCUGAGUGCGCAUACCGGGUGCUGCCAGUUUGGCGAGAGUACGAAAAAAAGCAUAGUACGAUAACUGCUUUAAAGUGUCUUCUAGGAUUUCCGUACGUAUGGUUUGCUGGUAAACCAGCAAUGAAGAGAAUUUAUAUCGACAUUGUGAAAACCACUGUUGUAAAGUCAAGACGAGAGAUCCCAUAGACUGAAAUCUUAAAAAAAACGUUUUGUCAUAGUAUGUAUAUAACACAAAUGUGCCUUACAUUAUUACAAACCGGUGUUUGAAAUCGUCUUAAGUUUGAUAUCAUAUGCAAGGCAACUAAAAAUUCUUCCAGAAAAGGAAAUCAUAUAAAGCGAACACAAAUGGGCACUAUCCAUCCUUGCAGCACAAUUGCAGUUUAUUUAAUGAUGUAUGGUUCAACCUAAGCAGGGGCGUACCUGAAGCAUUUAAAACUGUACGCAUGUAAACCUGAAUGAGGUGACAGCAUGUGAAGGGUUUCUUUAUUUUUCGGUCUGCAUAUGUUAUAUGGGGUGAGAGCAGGCUGGUAGGAUUGUUUUUUAAAGAAUACAUUUAUAAAGGAACCGUAUUCAAACAUUCAUGAAGUCGUAUAACAAACAACUUUAACCAGUGAACAGCAGUGGUUUUUUGGUGCAAUCUACUGCCUUCUAAAGGCUGUUUCCCCUUGUACAUUUUUCCCAAAUAAUGAUAUUUUUUACCCCAAUUUGAUAAAUGCAGAUUAUGUAAAUGAAUAAAAUAGCAGUAAAUUUCUUGAAAGAUAAACAAAAUCUUUCACAGCAUAAGGUAUGCAUUUAAAGGUGAAAACAUGAAUAUUUGCCAUUAUAUCUGCUAUUUCGUUCAGAUUUGGUAUUUUUCCCAAUUUCGACUUUUGCAAGGCACAAACGGUAAAAAUAUUUCCCCAAAAAUAUCACUGAACAGGAACAUGUAUAUACAGUAUACACGCACUAAGUCUUCAUUUUGGCGCCUGAAAUGGACUAUUUAAGCACUUGCAAGCCCUUUCGAUGAAUUAUAAAAUAAUGCGUACGCCCGGUCGUACUGUAGUAUGCAUAGGAACGCCCCUGCUAAACUCAGUAUAAUUAUUUUAAUUAUUUGAUCAAAUAUGUGGUUUCUGCUUGCUUUUGAACUCGUUGUGCCAUAAUUCUACAGAUAUGACAUUAAAACCCAAAGAAAGAGCGUUAAAAGUUGUGGUGGUCAUUUUUGUACGCUAAAACAUGUUAGAUCAACAGGAAAGGGAAACAAGAAAUAAACUUAAACAUACUAAAAAUCCUCAAGAAGUAUCUAUCGAAUUCUCUAAAAAUCCUGUUUAUUCUAAAACUUCUAAGCAUUAAAUAAUUCGAAAUUUCUACAACAUUCUAAUCAAACCCUUAUGAAAACAUUAUAAAACAUUAUUGAGGGAAACCACAGUUUACUUUAAUAAAAUUAGGUUAACUAACAAUGAAACUAGAUUAUUAAACAAAUCUAAAAUACACAUACAUGUAAACGUAUGAUAAAAAAUUAAAAUAUUAUUCCCAUUUACAUCCUGUCUUGUCUUUCCCAAAUGUUAGAACUUGUACGUAACGGGCACACAAAACACACAACACUUCAGUGUUGAAUCAAAAAUUUAAUCACUGUUUUGACUUAUAUAUUAAUAAGGGGUUUAGGUUAAGAGUUAUGUAAGGGUGCUGAACACCGUUCGUUUUAGGUGCCCCCCUCUGCCGUCGUGGAAACUAAAGUGGGCACCCUUCUGCCCUCGUGGAAACUAGCAUUGGCACCCUUCUGCCCUCGUGGAAACUAGCGUGGGCACCCUUCUGCCCUCGUGGAAACUAGCAUGGGCACCCUUCUGCCCUCGUGGAAACUAGCAUGAGUACCCUUCUGUCCUCGUGAAAACUAGCAUGAGUACCCUUCUGCCCUCGUGGAAACUAGCAUGGGCACCCUUCUGCCCUCGUGGAAACUAGCAUGGGUCAAGACUGUCAAAUGUUUUUUGUUGUUGUUUUUUAUUCAGACUUAUGAUAUGAUUAUAAAUACAUACAAACUAAA